AUCACAGAAUAGACAAGGCUCGGUCGAGGCACCGUGUUCCUAACAUUUCUUGAGCACAGGUCACCCAGCUGCAGAGUGGGCUGCACACUUCUGUGGGACUAAGUCAGCCUCAGAGCACUGAGGGGUUUUCAUUUCCAUCAAUGGAUCCAGGAUGCUCUGACUGACAGCAUGAAAAGUGAGGCUGAGCUUUUCCACAGCAGAGUGGCUUUAUGAAUAUUGCACAGUGGACAUCAGGAAGAAUCCAACUGAGAGCAGAGUCUUCUUUUCUUUCUCUAUGCCUUGAGUGAAUGAAUGGGUGUUCCUAAAUUAACUCACCGCUCUGUGAGUGUGAAUCAGCAUCUGAUUGAGAUCACCUCAAGUUUCUCAUGUGACCUAUUUGACCCUCAGAGACAUGUCCAAUGACACCUGCAACCUCCCAUUGGACACGGACGUAUUUGGGCUGACCUGUAUUUAUGGCCUCGUCUUCACUUUGGGUCUGCCCAGCAACCUGCUGUCUCUUUGGGGAUUGUACCACCUGGGCCGCUCAGGUGGGGGAGGCUGUCAGCUGGUCUACAUCCUCAAUCUGCUGCUGUCAGACCUCCUGCAACUGCUCACCCUGCCCCUGUGGAUUCUUUACCUCCAGGGUGCACACCGCUGGCCCUACAGCCAAUUAACCUGUGAGCUAGUCAGCUACGUGUUUUACGUAAACGUCUAUGCAAGUGUCAUGUUCCUGUGUCUGAUAGCUAUAGACCGCUGCCUGGCUAUUGUGUACCCAUUCAGCAGCCGCAGGGUGCGGACAGUCAGAGUCGCAGCAGUGUCAGGUGUAGCGGUGUGGACCCUAACCUUCCUGUUCUGCCUGAGCGGGCUGCUGCCGUCUGUGUUCGACUCUGACAGGCUGCUGUGUUUGGAGCAGUACCCCGUCAGCCCCAGAUAUGCUCACUUUAAGAUCACCACUGUGGUUCUAGGCUUCCUGUUGCCAUGUGCCAUCCUAGGCUACACCUCAGCCCACAUCGGGGUGACACUCAGGCAGUCGCCAUCCCUCUCCGCUCAUGAGCGGCACAAAAUCGUGGGAAUUCUGGUCGUGAUUACUGUCAACUUCAUUGCUGUCUUUGGACCCUACCACCUGGUGGGUGGAUACAGGUUUGUAUCCUUGCUGCUGACCGAUGAGCCAUGCGGAUUGGAGCAUUCACUUUUCCUCGUCUAUCGUCUGUGCUACGGUUUGACCAGCCUCAACACUUUGCUGGAUCCCCUCUUCUACAUCUUCCUGUGUCCUGAUGCUCGGCUAGAGCUGCAAAGGUCCCUGCCCUGUUUGGGAAGAGGGCAAAACCCCGGCAAAAGCAUAACCCUCAGUACCAGAGCCGACCCAGACACCAAGAGGGAGAGUGAAAGUAGACAGAGUAACCUUCUAGGAAUGUAAUUUGGACUUGACCACAAAUCCUCCUGGUAUUUAAUCAGAUCAAUUGUGCCACUCAGUGGGAAGGCACGUGUUUAGUUUUUGUCCUCGCGGUGAAAACAUUUUUAUGCCUCGCAGUGUUUCCAUCUGAAGAAAUCUUUUGAAUUCCUGAUUUAAAUACUGCUUAAAGACAGAAAAUAUCUAUUUGUGUGCAGAUCUCAAAGUUCAAGUUUCAUAUUUGUCAAAAUUGCACAACUACUCCAUACUGUAACUACUGUGACUUUGUGAAGAGAUUUUUUUCUACUGCUCAGUUUACAACAGUUAACUGCUUUUACUGACACUUCCAUUGUCAGGAAUUUUAAAAAUAGAAAAGGUGUGAAUCACUAUGGAAACACAAGCAAGACUGUAGUUAUGUAACGGUAAACAGCGAGUCAUACUACAAAGCCAGAAUGCUUUUCUUUCCUUUUAUUAACAUUGUAAAAUGUUAUUUUUCACAGCUAUAAAAGUACUGAAAGCACACGAAUUAACACUAAAACAAAGGUACAAUAC